AUGACAGGAAGUCCCGUCGCCUCACCAGUCUCGCUGCCGCCCAUUGCGUGCGCCUGGAGGCGGAGAUCUGCCGCAAUCGACGCGGGAGAUUCUGCUGGUCCCAGCCGUCUUCUGGAGGGUUGGCUGCAGCUACAGGCAAACCCCGGAAAAAACAGACCGCAACAAGCGCAUCACAACUACAACCAACAGACGCAUAAGCCUAUUCUUCGUUUUUCUGCAGCUUCACACGCCACACCACCAGAAAGAGGGUGGCUUCAUUCCUAUGAAGCAACAACAGUACAAGCGGCAGGAGCAGCAACACUAGCAACGGCAAGCGAGACCCCAGGCUUGUCACCUGUAGGUCCUCAACCCGCAAGCCUUCUAGCAGUUGAAGCAGCUGCAGCAGGAGCACCCGCUGCUGCUGCUAAUAGCCCCCAAUCUAAUAAAGGCGUAUCUAUGGAGGGCUCUGCUGCUUCUUUACGGUUUGAUGUGGGCAAAAAACUGGCGAUGUUUAGAGCAGCUGUCCAAAUAAGAAAAAAGCGCCAGGAGUUUGAUAGGAGACGCAGACAAAGUCUAAUUGCGCUCAUACAGCAUGCUCAGCAACCACAGGCGCAGGAACAACAACAGCAGGAACGACGAGCACCCGAGCAAAUGGCUGGCCAACACGGGCAGCAGCAACAACAGGCGGCAGCCGCUCAAACUGCAGGCAAUCUGGGGCCUCUCUGGACUGUAGGGUGCUACCUGCAGCAGCAGCAGCUGCAGCAAUCAAAGCAACGCAAAAGAGAUGGGGAAUCAACAACCUCAAAAAUAGCCAAAUCGUACUUGUGGCAGUGGGGUGGGAAACCAGCAACAGCAGCAUCAGCAACAGCAAACUGUGAUGGUGUUGCUGCAAAUGUCGCAUGUGCAACUCGGGGGAGGAGGAGUAUCUACCGCCGCGUGUCCGUUGAGGGGCAUCAGAACAACAACAGCCCCAGCAGCAGAAGGAAGGAUUUCGGUGUAGGUUUAGGGAGGAGGAGGAGUCUGUUGAGCCACGUUGCCUCGCUGCAGCGAAAGCAGCUGCUGGGGCCGCAGCGGCUACGGCUGCUACGGAGACAGCUGGAGGUUGUGCAGUUGUUGGGAGAGGGGGCGAGCGGGUCAGUUUGGAAAGUGAGGCAGAAAAGUAGCGGGAAGAUAUUUGCUCUAAAGGUAAUAAAGAAAGAAAGCCCCAAAGAAGACCCAAGGAUUGCAUGUGCGCGCCGGUAUGCGGAGCGAUACGUGUUGAUGCAUGGCGAUAUGUCUAGACACCUGGUGGGGCUGCAUGCGGCGUUCCAAGACAAGCACAGUUUGUUCCUGUUGCAGGAUUUUGCAGCUGGACAUACACUGAGGGAGCUGAUGCAGCAGAGGGGUCCCCUAGAGGAAGAAGAGGUAAGAGAGUACGCGUUGCAGUUAGCAGAGGCUCUGCAUGCAAUACACCGCCUUGGCUUCCUCCAUAGAGACGUUAAACCUGAAAAUAUUAUCAUUGACUCUUCAAAACAACUACGCCUUACAGACAUGGGGCUGGCAUUAGCAGCAAUCCCAGCAGGCCCUCUGCAUGCGCUGCAGCAGCAGCGCUGCACCCUCUCCGCAGCAGCCCCAGUGGGGGGCCCCCUAACAUCCCCACAACCACGCUUUGGGGGGUCCUGCAGCUUCGAAGCGACACAGAUAGGGCCUUUACAAGACAACCCCACUAUCUGUUCCAGCUGUCCUCUCCAUGCCGAGGCUAUGCCUACACCUGAGCUGUCUUGUUCCUCCGGCCGUGAGGAAGCCCCCUCCCUCAGGGAAGCUGGCGCAUGCUGCUGCUUGGGUGCCCCUGGGGGCCCCCCAUCCCUUGCCAGUUGGCGGCUGCAACAACUUUCCAGCACAGAAGACAUCUCUUCUGCGGGAACCCUCCACUACAUGGCCCCUGAGGUUGCUCUGGGGGCCCAGCAAAGACACGCUAAACCCGUGUGCCAGCAGGGGCUCCCAAGCGGGCCCCAGCUGGAGCUCCAGCAGAGACAACAAGGGGGGCCCCAAUGCUCCCCGCAAACGUCUCAAGCAACGCCCAAUGAGGAGGCACCGGCCCCAAAGAGGCCCCCAAAGAGCCUCCAGGAGUCGUUUCCGCAGGGGGGACCGGAGGGGGCCCCACGAGUAUCCUCCGAAGGCCCCACCUUCGGCUCUGCAGAAGAUAGAUUGAUUGAUGCUGAAACAGAUGUAGGAGACUCAGUUAAGGCAGACUGGUGGAGCUACGGGGCUGUUGUUUACGAGUGUCUCUUCGGCUUCCCACCUUUAGGACGCUUCUAUUUAAGAAGGAAAAACCCCGCAGCACAUUGUAAUAAAAGCAGGCAGCCACACUCUAUGCAGGCAGGCCAGUCGUCCACUGCACCAGUAGCAGCAGCACCAACAGCAGCAGGAACAGCAGACACAGAAGCAGAAGAAGCAGCACCAGACGCAAACCGGAUUGCAGAAGUCGAAGCAACAGAAGUUGCAGAAGCAGCAACAGCAACAGCAGCAGGAACAUCUAUUUCUACAGUGGGGGAAGUUGUCAAUAACCCCGAGUUAGUGUUGUGCAUGCUUAAACGCUUUGAGGAUUUUAUUGCGUUGCCGCCUGAACCUUUUGUUGUCUCUUCUAGUAGAAGAGAGCAGCAGCACGGAGAUUGCCAGAGGUCGGAGAGACAGCAGCAGCAAAGAGCUACCUCACCUCAUCAGAAACAGCGACAGCCGCAGGAACAACAGCAGCAUCAACAACAACAGCAGCAACAGCUGCCUGUUGUCUCCUUGGAGGCGAUUGAGUUCUUAAGGAAUCUGCUGUGUGCUGCUGAGAGGCGUUUCGUGUACAGAGACAUUACGAGACACCCAUGGAUCUGUAGACAUAAUUCCUCGGCCCCACGCUACACCAGCAGCAACGGCAGCAGCAACAGCAACACAAGCAGCAACAGCGAGAGCCGCGCUUGUCUCGUGGUGUGCUACAAGGACUUAAAACCUCAAGACAGGCUGUCUGUUACCCCAAAGGAGACAAUCGUCUCUCUGGAGACAACAAAGAUAGAUAUGGCCCUAAAGGAGAGUCUGACGGGCAAGGUGUCUCCAAGAAAAGACAGGAAAACAGCCUGUGGAGAGUGCGAGCCCUCUGCUGUCUCCUCGUCGUAUUCUGUCUCCCCUGCUGCACCAGCAGCACCGCCUUCCAGCUCUGCUGCUCUGCCUUCUGCUGCAGCAUGCAGCUGGGGCGGAGGCAAUUGGGGCCCUCAGGACAGCCCCUUUUCCAUGCAAGGAAAGCAGCAAUCCUCAACUGCCUGGGAGACAGACUUCCGCUUCCUUGGCUUUGACUUCAAUGCCCAACAGCGAAGGGCAGCAGCAGCGCAGCAACAACUCCGAGCCGCCCUCCAAGGCAGCAGCGGGGCGGCUGCCCCGGUGUCUGACUGA